CCACAAAAAAAUCUUUCUCCGUUUAGCGCCUCUUCAACUGUUCAUAUUUCCUUUCCAAGUCUGUCGAGCCUGGGACAGACAGCACAGCUUUCCGUUACGAUGCUCCUCAUUUCUUUCUUUUCCCUAUUAUCAGCGCAGCCAUAAUAUGCGCGGCUAGAUUUUCUUCAUUGCGUUUUCUAUGGAUUUCUUUACACCUCUAGACUAUCUCAGGUUUUGGGGUCGCACUUGGUAUGCGGUCUUCUCGCAUGGCGUUAUGGUUCCAUUGCUUUGUUGGCGGGACAUCCUGCAAUGUCGCACACUUAACGCCUCUCUUCUUUUUCUUGAUGUUCUUUACCUCCUACGUUUGCGAAUCAUGUGGUCCAACAGGUACGAAGUUCCGAUUCGGCGACAUGUUGUCGCUCUGAUCCAUCUUCUCCUGGCCUCAUCGCCCGUUUCACUUUCUUUAUUUUACUCGCUUGAUGCCUGUUACUGGGAUGUUCAUUCUUUUUGCUUGAUUCCUCAAAUACAAAAAAAAACUACCUGGCACAGGCAACUACUGUCUUGCCAGACUUUGAUCGUCAAACACGUUCGUCAUCACUCGGAAUUGUCGUUUCGCAGUGAUCUUGCAAGGCCCCCAGUAGAUCACCGGCUUGGCUCCAGAGGCAGAGAAACUGCACUGUAAGGGCUCCGAGAAGGGGCCUACUACAGUCGCCAAAAGGCAUAAUACAAUGUCUUCUAUGUUGACAUGAUCAUCCAAGGAGAACCCGAAGCAGUGCUGCUCUCAUUGGACGUUUGCCUAAUCCUCAAGAGCAUUAUGGCUUCUUGUAGGUAGAGCUAGACAAGAGUCUAAGGAGGGAGCGGUGGAGUCCGCUGCCAGGACAAGAUUGAUGCAGCUGUGUCUACGCUACUGCAGAGCUUUAUCUCACUCUUUCAA